AUGCUGAGGAAGCCCGAGGGGAGGAAGAGACCCGGACUUGGGGGGGAGGCCGGCAAUGGCGGCCGCCUCCUCGACGAGAUAGAGGCCCUCAGCAGGGCGCUCUCCCUCAAGAAACCCGCCGCCAGUCCAAGAUCUCUCCCCUCCGAGAUCCGCCAGAGGACAAUUUCCGCCGGCAAGUCGCAAUUCCCGGAACCUCGCUCAAAGCCGAGGGCUCUCGCGAAUGAUUCGCAGCUUCCGCUUCUACCACAGAAGGAUAAGAAAUCUUCCUCAUCCUCCUCGUCGAAUUCUUCGUCGAUCUGGAACUGGAAACCUCUCAGAGCUCUCUCUCACAUACGUCAUCGACGAUUCAAUUGUCUAUUCACUCUGCACGUCCACUCGGUGGACGGUCUCCCUCCCAGUUUUAAUGGCACAGCUCUCUGUGUUCGUUGGAAGCGCAACAUUGCCGAGCUCGGGCUGUGUACCCGCCAUAGCCAGAUCUCACAUGGCGUCGCCAAAUUUGAGGAAACCCUGGAACACCGGUGCGCAGUGUACGGAAGCAGGGGCGGCGGGCCCCACCACACAGCCAAGUACGAGGCAAGGCAGUUCAUCCUAUAUGCGUCUGUCGUGGGGGCACCGGAGGUCGACCUCGGGAAACACCGGGUGGAUCUAACGCGGCUGCUGCCGCUGACUCUUGAGGAGCUCGAGAAGGGGAGCACAGGAAAGUGGAGCACCAGCUUCAAGCUCUCAGGAAAGGGGAGGCAUGCCUCGCUGAAUGUUAGCUUUGGGUUCUCUGUGCUGGACGGCGGGGAUCUUGCAGAGUCUGGCGGUCGCAGGAAGGUUUCUGAGCUUCCAACGGUCGAGCCUGAGGAUAUGGUGAACUUGGCUGGCAGGCAUAUCUCGUUGAGAAAAGUGGGGCGCCUUCCUGUCCCGAAUCUUUCAUCCAAGAGUCAGUCAGAUCUUCCAUCUCGAUCGGUGGAGGAUACCAGUGUCCUUAAUGAAGUCUUACCGAUUUCCAGAUCAGAACUUGUGGGUCUGGAUGAUGUUGAUCACCAGUCAGCUGACGAGAAAAUAGAUGAGAAUGAAGCGGAAAAUCUAGUGGAUGACGUCACAUCAGAGCUCGAAGUCUCUACUCCACAGUCUGAAUCGUCUGUCUUGACCUCGGAGCCAAUGAUAGAACCGGGGAAAAGGGAUGCAGAGGGGCCUGUUUAUCACGAGUUCACAGUGGUUGAGCAGGGAAUAGAAAUUACAGGCAAGACAGGCGUGGAGGGUGAUACGGUGGAGCAUGAUGAGCACGGGGUAGUUUGUAACGGAGAUGCAGGAGAUUCAAGAGAUGAUGUAGACGAAGAUGAUGCACCACUCAAUGCUCCCAAGGGGGACGGUCAUAAUGCACCAGAAUAUUUGCCUCGGCUGUUUGCAUCUGGUGGAGAGCUUUCAGUCUGCAAUUUCAACAACCAAGCAGAAAGCAUGUCUGAUAGUGAACUAAUUAUGGAGGAGCUGGAGUCUACCUUAGAUAAUCUUUCAAUCUUCGAGUCAGGGGAGUUUGAGGCUAAGAAUGCUGAAGAAGAGUCACUCGAGGAACCAUGCUACGUGGAUACCAGCUCAAACAAUGGCAUGGGGGAGAUGAGCACGACCCUUAGCUUGGAUGAUGUCACAGACACGGUUGCCAGUGAAUUUUUGAGCAUGCUUGGCAUAGAGGAUUGUCCAUUUGAGUUUAGCUCUGAUAGCGACCCUGAAUCACCAAGGGAGCGUCUCUGGCAACAAUUUAAAAAUGAAUCCUUGGUGGAUGUGGAAAGCAUCUUUGGUCUUGAAAUGGAGGGAGAAACCGAGUUGGAUUGGUGCGAUUCAUCAGAGGACUUUGAUCUGUCAUCUAUGAUUCACGCUGCUGAAACAGAGCAUCAGAAGGCAACUCAGGCAUUGCAAAGCAAGACAAGAGCCCAAAUGUUGGAACAUGCAGAGGCUGAAGCUUUGAUGCAUGAAUUGGGCUUGGACGAGAAUUCCUUCCACAACUCACCACCUGGGGGCACGAGUGGUGUUGACGGUCCUAGAGAUCUACCUUCUGAAGAGCCACUUGACCUUCCUCCUCUAAGUGAAGGUCUAGGUCCAUUUGUUCAAACGAAGGAUGGAGGAUUCUUGCGAUCAAUGAAUCCAUCUUUGUUCGGAAAUUCUCAGCACAAUGGGAGCUUGAUAAUGCAGGUCUCAAGCCCUGUUGUCGUUCCAGCGGAAAUGGGUUCCAGUGCCAUGGAAAUAUUACAGUGCUUAGCCUCUGUGGGAAUUGAGAAGCUCUCAAUGCAGGCCAGUAAACUAAUGCCUUUGGAAGACAUCACUGGAAAGACAAUGCAACAGGUCGCAUGGGAAGCUGUUCCUGCUCUGGGGAUGCAGGAGAGGUCUGUGAUUUUUAUCCUUCCUCUAUUUCACUGGAAUAACUCUGAGUGUUUGACUAUAGAUCUUCUUUUCUUAUCCACUCUCUCAUUCCAUUCUUAUUUUCACUUCUCUACGCUUUCCUACAGGCAGGAUUUUUCUAAGCAGAUGAUGCUGGAGGCUGAGUCAGGACUUGGUCAGGGCACUGCCGGCAAGAACAAGAGAGUGGCCAAUUCAAUAUUGAGUUCAUCAAGCAAAGUAGGCCAUGAUUAUGUUUCUCUAGAAGACCUUGCACCGUUGGCAAUAGAAAAAAUCGAAGCCCUAUCUAUUGAGGGCCUAAGAAUACAAUCAGGAAUGUCUGAUAAGGAUGCUCCCGCUAAUAUAAAACCUCAUUCAAUCGGUGAAAUUUCUGCUUUGGAAGGAAAAGAUGCCAAGAACUGCAUAUCCCUUGGACUAGACGGUGCUGCUGGACUGCAGCUUCUGGACAUCGAAGACUGCGUCGAUGAAGUUGAUGGGCUGAUGGGUCUGUCAAUUACUCUGGAUGAAUGGAUGAAAUUAGACUCGGGUAUAAUUGAUGAAGAUCAGAUCAGUGAUAGGACAUCUAAGAUCCUUGCUGCUCAUCAUGCGACCUCCACAGAAAUGGUUCCUGGCGGGUGCAAGGGAGACAGAAGAGGGAGAAGCUCUGGAAGAAAGUGGGGUUUACUGGGAAACAACUUCACAGUAGCAUUAAUGGUGCAGCUUCGAGACCCGCUGCGCAACUAUGAACCUGUUGGCACUCCAAUGCUUUCUCUAAUUCAGGUAGAACGGGUUUUCGUUCCUCCAAAACCUAGAAUCUAUUGCACUGUUUCUGAUGGAGGGAACAGUGAGCAAGCAGAAGAGCCAGAGGCAACUGUUAAAGCAGCUGAGACGAAGGAGGAAGAAGAGGCUGUCUCACCUCAGUUUAAGAUCACCGGAGUACAUGUUGCAGGUCUGAAGACUGAUCCUGGUGAGAGAAAGAUUUGGGGCAGUUCAAAUCACCAGCAGUCUGGCUCCAGGUGGCUGCUCGCCAAUGGAAUGGGAAAGGCCAAUAAGCAUCCCCUCAUGAAAUCAAAACCCUCUCAAGCAUCCACCUCCCAACAUAACGCAAAGGCGCAGCCCGGUGAAGCACUCUGGAGCAUUUCUUCACGCUUCCAUGGGAAGGGGAGCAAAUGGAAGGAGCUGCCAUCUCUGAACCCUCACAGAAGAAACCCGAACAUCAUUCUUCAAUGA